GUACAACUACCGACCACUCAGUCACCCAUCACGAUCUAUCAUCCCGUGUUCGCCAAGUUCCUGCGAAUGAUGGCUGAGCCGCAAGUCUUUACGCACGAAGAGCUCGAUGGCGCUCAGAGGUUCGUGGAUUAGGCCGUAGCUUACUACUCAAGUAAAGACAGGCGAUUCGCGCGAUCGCUCGAAAUGGCGAUGGCGGUACAUCGACAAAGUUUCUCAACAACGAUCAUCUCCAACGCAUCUGGCGAAUCUGAAGUAGACGGUGCUGUGUAUUCAGCGGUUGUGAAUAACAAAUUCAGCACAGUCACCGCGUUGACCAAGAUUGCGCUCGAGGUGGGCGAAGGUGUCUGCGAGCCGCUCGCGCAGGUAAAGUGUGCGUACGUGGCUCUAUACCCCUCUGACGAGGCUCGGCCUGUCCGACAAGCGUGUUGCUGUCCCGCAUUCCUCAUAGGGAUGGCAGGGCCCAACAUCAUAGUCAGCGGUGCUGUGUUCGCCGACCAGCUCAUCGCACAGACGCUGACGGACUACAUCUCCGUCGUCCCUCGCCCGGGGAAAAGGGGCCGCUCCCCGCUUGACGAUGCCGGCCAUCGCGUCGCGAGACUCUUCCGGGCACUCAAAGUGUGUAUCGAGGAUUUGAACAGAUACUACAAACAGGUCGCACAAGAGGUCGCCCCGCCACCUCCGCCGCCUGUCACUGGUGUCAUGGGCAGUUGUGCCUCCGUGAGCGAGUCAGCCAGAGUCGCCCAGGCUAUGCGCGUGCCGUCGUAUAUCGGGCCUCAUUUCACGGAAUACCUCGACAGCGCUGGGCAGUCGAUCGAGCUUGUGUACAAGGAGCGGCUCAGCCCCGACAUCACAGGGAGAGCGGUGAUCGUCGCGGAGGCAAGACGGGAGGCCGAAACGGAAACGACACCGACGAAGGUGGUCGUCAAGUUCGCGCACACGUACAACCGUGAGGCACACGAACUCCUCGCGGCCGCAGAGCCCCCACAGGCACCUCGGCUGCGGCACUGUGCAUACGAGGACAGUGUGGGCAUGUGGGUCGUCGUAAUGGACUACGUGGAGGGCAGCAAGCUCGGGGAGGUGCAGACCGAGCCCACGCACGUUGCCUCCCUCCGGACGGCGGUGAGGACGCUGCACGAGCGCGGGUUCGUGUUCGGCGACCUACGCCAAAGGAACGUGCUCGUCGUGGGCGAGAGGGUGGUACUGAUCGACUUUGACUGGUGCAGGAAGGCUGGCGAGGCGAGGUAUCCGAGCGACAUCCUUCUGGACGGCCAAAUUCCGUGGCACUACAGUGUACGGCGGGGCGGGCUUAUUGAGGAGGUGCACGACAGGCAUCUUUUCCACAUUCUUACAGGAGAGGAGCUGUGACGGACUGUUCAUGACAUUCGUAUAUACAGUAUGUACUCGUGGCAUGGAAUGCAUAUCCAUACAGUUCAUAA